AUGAGCGACUCGGAAGAAGACGAACAACGCGACUUUUCUGCUUUAUUACAUAAAAAACGCAUUGCGCGUGAGAAGGACAACACACCGGACAAUUCCAUUGAACAAAAGGAAGCACUUGAUGCGUCACGCAAUGCACUAUUUACACUUAUUGGUGAAGAGCGACGUGCGAGUGCCAAGAGUACAAGCAAAGGCAUCUAUGAACGAUCAAGUGGUCUAACCAAGUUAAUACAACCACGAGGCAUCCAUUUACGUGUGAUGGGACAUGCAGCAGGAGGCAAGGUGUCGUUGUACUUGGAGGAAGCUGCAUGGCUUGUCAGCAUACAACAUUUACAAGUGACGGAUCAACAAGAUGGACGAGAAUUGGAUAUGCAAGAUUACUAUGCAAUGGUCUUUGGUGGUGAGGAUGGUUGGAUCUCCUUUGAGAAAUAUCAGACAUACGCUUACCUCCGGAGGCUCGGUUAUAUUGUACGAAGAACACCACCACCCAUGAUGCUUCCUUCUCCUUCUACUACAAGACCAUCCCAUUCGAUCUUUUGGUCCUUUAUCCAUCGAUUGGCUCAAUUCUUUCGACAUGUUAUUAUUCGUUUAUUUGGAACAAGACCGCUUGGCUCUUUGCAUAGUCCAUUAUCUGUAUUAAGGAUCAUCCCUUCGACACCGUGGUACAGGCCGUUUACUUUGGAGUCGAAUCAUCAUCAUCGCCAACCCCAAUUCCAUUAUGAUGUAUACAAGCCUAACCCCAACUGGAAGAAACGAGAUCCUGGUGUCCCUGAUUUUCGUAUUGUUGUCACUGGUGCACGGGACGCCGUACCUACAAUGAUGGAGUAUCAACAAAUCUUUACUGAAUUGAACGAGCUGCCAUCGCCAUCAAGACCCAGCUAUCCACGCAUCCGAUAUACUCGCAACUAUGGCAAUACAAUGACGUUUUUGAUCGCCGUCGUCGAUGAUGCGGAAGGUGUCAGCUUUAUGAGAAUCUCUGGAGAUGGUGCUCAAGAUCUAUCCCUAAAAUCAUCAUCAUAG